UUUCGGGUCAAAGUUCAUGAAGAAGAAAAUCAGCAGCGCUGCGUUUGCUUUACGUUAGCAGACAAUGGCUAAACAUCAUCCAGAUUUGAUCUUUUGCAGAAAACAAGCCGGCGUCGCUAUCGGGAGACUUUGUGAGAAAUGUGACGGUAAAUGUGUCAUCUGCGAUUCCUAUGUGAGGCCGUGCACGCUGGUACGCAUCUGUGAUGAGUGUAACUACGGCUCCUAUCAGGGGCGCUGUGUCAUCUGUGGAGGGCCUGGAGUAUCUGACGCCUACUACUGCAAAGAGUGCACCAUCCAGGAGAAAGAUCGGGAUGGCUGUCCUAAGAUUGUGAAUUUGGGAAGCUCCAAAACAGAUCUGUUUUAUGAAAGGAAGAAGUAUGGUUUCAAGAAGAGGUGAAGACGCUACAUCCUGGUCUUUGUUGUGGUUGUUUGGCUUUUGCAGAUUUUUUUUUUUUUUUUAAACCUAGAGAAACUUUUUUUUUUUUUUUGACUUGUCAAUAAAGCUCUCUUUUGUAUUUCCUUCUUUA